AUGCAUAGGUUUAAAGCAAAGUUUAAAGUUGUCUUUUUAAUUCACAGGAUGGAUCCAAAUUCGAGUUAUUUGCUCAAAAUUAAAUUGUUUGGCAAUCCAAAGAAAGCUCGAAAGGACAUAAGAUGUUUUUGUUUUGAGAAGGUCAUCGAUUGUGACUUGACAAAUUAUAAGGAUUUGGUCGAGUCAAUUGUAGAGCAGUACCCGCCACGUUAUUUGGAAGCUGCACAUGUGCAAUAUUAUGACUAUGCUCUUAAAAACUGUCCAGAAGUAAAAUCUGACCAAGAUUUGAUGAUUAUGUUUGAAAAACACUCAGAGACAAAGGUGCUACAUAUGAUUAUUGCAUAUUGUGAUCCCUCAGAGCCAUAUGAGCCUAUCACCGAGUGGGAUGAACCUAACAGCAAUAUAGAACAUGAGGAUGAUACUUACCUUCGCAACCCAAGACCUGAAAAUGAGCAUGUUGGUGUUGAUGAGGAGAAUAUGUAUGAAGUGGAAGAACCUAUGCCCUUAGAUGUGGUUCUUUGUCCUAAUAAAGAAAAGGAUGAUGAAGUAGAGGCGUCUGAAGUAGAGGACGAUGAAGUAGGGGAGUCUGAAGUAGAGGAUGAUGAAGUAGAGGAGGAUGAGGAGUUGCAUGAGGCAGAGCAUACUCCACAUGUAGAGUAUGACAAAUUAGACCCUCCAAUGACAAAAGGCUUUACAUAUCCCAACAUGAAAGAGUUCAAGUUGGCACUUUCUCAGCAUGCAAUCAAACAUGAAUUUUAG